CCUCUCGCCGUUGAAGGAAUCUGUAAUAAAUCAGCGGCAGAAUGUCUGACUCUGCAUCCAGCUUCCUCCACAUCGGGGAUAUUGUGUCCCUGUAUGCCGAGGGGUCAGUGAACGGCUUCAUCAGCACGCUGGGGUUGGUAGAUGACCGCUGUGUGGUUGAGCCAGCUGCGGGAGAUUUGGAAAAUCCUCCAAAGAAAUUCAGGGACUGCCUGUUUAAGGUUUGUCCCAUGAGUCGAUACUCGGCUCAGAAGCAGUUUUGGAAAGCCAAACAAGCCAAACAUGAGAAGGACAAGAUCGGUGAUGUGGUUCUGCUACAAAAACUACAGCAUGCAUCAAAUUUGGAGCAGAAGCAGAAUGAAACAGAAAACAAGAAAGUCCAUGGAGAUGUGGUCAAAUAUGGAACUGUCAUACAGGUAAAAGCCUCUCAUAAUCAGCUCAUGGCUGAAGGUGAACAAGCUUUUGUUCGCUUUACCUGCAUCUGA